AUGCUCAACUUUGAUGCAACUCAGGCACAAAAUGAGGCACUACAGAAGAGAUUCGAAUGGGCAUCUGCCUAUUUAGAUCUAUCCAAUAUGAGAAUGAAGAAACUUCGUGAAUACAUUCGCACUGUAAAAACUGAAUACAAAAAACACACUUCAUCUAUGCCAACAUUGAAAGUUAACAAUUUCAAGAAAUAUAUUCCAGAUCAAAGUCAGCAAGCAGCUCCCGGAAUUCCUGGCUGCCACACUCAAAGAUUAGAAAUUUUAGGAUCAAUGUCUGAGCAAAUUGUAUCAGAACUUGAUUCGUUCUCCAAUUUUAUCGAAGGAGCCAUCCUUGAGCCUAUGGCUGACUUCACAUUCCAAUGCGAAGAGCAAUUAAAAGGAAUUGUGAACAAAUUCAAUGAAUACACCAAAUAUCGCCAUAACACAAAGCAAACUGCCAAAUCCUGCUUCAAAGAUUACACGAAUGCAAGCACUGCCGCAGAGAAAGCCUAUAAAGAAUUUCUGACAGUGACGAAAUCAGGAAAGACAGAUAAGAUUGAGAAGGCCAAUAAGGCUCUCAAGGAUGCCUGCGCCAAUUACCAGAAGUCUGUAUGCAAUUUAAGGCAAGCUGUUUGCAAAUUCAACACUGCUCACAAUAACUACGUAGAUUUCGUUGAAAGUGCCAUUGAACAGAUGAAUCAAUACCAUCCGAAGAGAAUCCAACUCAUUUCGUCCCUCGUAAACGAAUGCCUCGUUCCAUCUUGCAAUACAUUUUCAAACAACUAUCGCGAUGUCAAGAAUUGGUUCGAGCAAAGCGCAAUCCCAUGGAAGAUCCAUUUCACUCAAUUUAUUCACUCAAAAGGCAUCGUAAGAAUGAUUAUCAAACCAAAAGAUUUUGUUCCGAUUUCUUUACCAUUUACGGAGUUGUCGCAAUACGAAAUCGUUGCUGCACCUCUUAACCAGAUCGACGCUCCAUUAUUUAUUGCUACAGUCACUAAAGAUUUCCAAUCUCAGCAUCCAUUCCAGAUGAAUAUCACCGCAGGUACGAAAAUCUUUACUUACGAUAACCUAGAGCACGAAUGGGUCCUUGCUCGCGAUCCGUUGGGCCAAAAACGCUAUGCUCCAUCAGCUUGCUUAAAAAUUGAUAGAUCUAAGAUAGCUCUCGUCAGAGCCGCUCAGCUCUCUACCGGAAAAGGUUCACUCGCAGUCGAAACUGGCGAACUUUUAACAAUUAUCGGCGAAAAUGACACCCAUUACACCUGCGAGAAUAUCAAAGGUGAACAGGGUCAGGUCGCUAAAUACGCUGUAUUUGUGGAGAAACAAUAA